UAAUGCCACUUUUCGAUUACUCUCCGCGUAAGUUAGUUAGUACUGAAUAAUCAAGUAUCGCGACCACCAUCUUGUUAUUGUCUCCACUUUGAACGGAACAGAAACGGCGCGACAACAAUGAGAGAAUGUAUCAGCAUUCACAUAGGACAAGCUGGUGUCCAAAUUGGUAACGCUUGCUGGGAGCUCUAUUGCCUUGAACAUGGAAUCCAACCAAAUGGUCAAGUAUCAUUUAAAUCUUCUGGUCGUAAUGAUUCGUCUAGUACGUUCUUUCAUGAAAUAGGCUCUGGGAAGCGAGUCCCCAGAGCCAUAUUCAUUGAUUUGGAGCCCACAGUUGUUGAUCAAAUACGCGUUGGAAAAUACAGCCAGUUAUUUCACCCGAACCAACUCAUCAGUGGUAAAGAGGAUGCAGCCAACAAUUAUGCCAGGGGUCACUACACUGUUGGCAAGGAAAUCAUUGAUUUGGUCUGUGACCAAAUUCAUAAAAUGACUGAACAAUGCUCUGGCCUCCAAGGCUUUUUGAUUUUUCAUAGUUUCGGUGGCGGUACUGGUUCUGGUUUUACGUCUCUGUUAAUGGAGCGUCUGAGUGUUGACUUUGGUAAAAAGACAAAGCUUCAAUUUUCAGUCUAUCCGGCACCACGAAUUUCUACAGCUGUAGUAGAACCCUACAAUUCUGUCUUGACCACUCACACAACACUAGAGCAUUGUGAUUGCGCUUUCAUGGUCGACAAUGAAGCAAUUUAUGAUAUCUGUAAAAAGCAUUUAGAUGUUGGGUAUCCAACAUAUAUGAACCUUAAUCGUCCCAUUGCUCAAGUAGUGAGCUCUAUUACUGCUUCUUUAAGGUUUGAUGGGUCCCUUAAUGUUGAUUUAACAGAGUUUCAAACCAACCUGGUACCUUAUCCACGUAUUCAUUUCCCGUUGAUUACGUAUGCACCUAUAAUAUCGGUUGAGAAAGCGUACCACGAGCAGUUAACUGUUUCUGAAAUAACAAAUGCGUGCUUUGAAACUGGUAACCAGAUGGUUAAAUGUGACCCUCGUCGUGGCAAGUACAUGGCUUGCUGUCUGUUGUACCGAGGUGACGUGGUCUCGAAAGAUGUUAACGCAGCUAUUGCAGCAAUUAAAAUGAAAAAAUCCAUCCAGUUUGUGGAUUGGUGCCCAACAGGGUUUAAAGAAGCUUGGCGAUUACAUCGACAGCAAUGCUCAAGUGGUACUUACUUUACCGACCGCAAAACGAAAGGCGAAGUUGACCUUCGCAGAAUGUUAACUGAGGACGUAGUUUCGAAACGCCACUAA